CUAAUAAGAAAGGAGAUCGGCCUGACGAGAAUAUGGUUGUGCCAGCAUCCUCGAUUAACAGUGCGUUUGAUUUGUUGUCGCAUGAUCGCUGGUACCGCAGUAAGUGCUUGUCUCGAUCGAUAAGUGCAUACAUACAAAUAGAAUUCAACUCGGUAGUGGAAUCAAUUGGCGGGACACGCUGGAAGCUGACAAGAGGCGUUAUGCCAGCAGGGGUGCAGCUGACCGGAAGCUAAUCAACCAGACAGAAGUCUCGCUCUCGUGCUUGAGACACAUGUGCCAUUCGUCCUCGUCACUCCUUGGAUAGAUUUGCAAGACGUUCCCGCCUCACUGAUGCAGGAUUUGACACUCGUUUACCUUUGCCCGUCCCACUCGAUGAUGGUUUUCUACAUCCAGAAUCUCUGAACCGACGCAAAUCCCCCUCCAUCCCCCCCGGUCUUCUCGAAUCGCGCACGGAACCUACAGCAUGGCUCCAAUCGAGCCGAUCAUGCCGGCCGAGCUGGCGGCGCCCGACCAUCACCACGGCCCCUCGACCAGGCGGCGGUCGCAGUCGGCGAGCUACUCGAGCCUCGGCGUCCUCCCGGGUGCGCGGUCGGCGUCGCGAGCGCGGAGCAACACCGCGAGCUCGGGCCUGAGGGCAAGGCUAGGCCUCAUGGGCGUCGCGCGGCGGACCCUGGGAAUAGUGUUGCUCCUCGUCACUGUGUUUCUCUGGACCUUAUCCAACUUCCUAGCUAGUGACAUAUUCUCCGAUCGCACGUAUAACAAGCCCUUCUUCCUGGUCUACGUAAACACGUCCGUGUUUGCGCUCUCGCUCGUGCCGAUGGUGAUACAGUACGUUAUGCGGCAUGGCGUGUCGGGCCUGCUGAACAGGGCGGCCGAGGUCUGGCGGGAGUACCGGUCGGGCGCGACGCCGGCGAAAUUGCUGCACGAGCGGGAUGGCGAGGACGAGGACGCCGAGGAGCGGCUCCUCGUGGAUGACGAGGACAGCCUGGAAGCGAUGAUGGACGUGCCGAGGCGGGACGAGAAGCUGAGCUUCGGGGAGACGGCCUGGCUGAGCCUGGAGUUCUGCCUGCUGUGGUUCGCGGCCAACUACUUCGCGUCGGCGUGCCUCGAGUACACGAGCGUGGGCAGCGUGACGAUCCUCACGUCGACGAGCAGCGUGUGGACGCUGGUCUUCUGCUCCGUCAUGGGCGUCGAGGGAUUCACGGUCCGGAAGCUGGUUGGGGUGCUGGCGUCGCUGGCCGGGGUCGUGCUCAUCUCGACGAUCGACCUGUCGGGAAAGAGCGACGACAACCGCGGCAGCUUCCCGCACAAGACGCAGGCGCAGAUCGCCAUCGGCGACUCGAUGGCCUUCUUCAGCGCCAUCAUCUACGGCCUGUACGUGACCGUCAUGAAGAGGAGGGUCGGGAACGAGGAUAGGGUCAACAUGCCGCUCUUCUUUGGCAUCGUCGGCUUGCUAAAUGUCCUGCUCCUGUGGCCGGGAUUCAUCAUCCUCCACUUUACGGGCAUUGAACCUUUUGCCUUCCCUCCAACCGGGAGAGUCUGGGGAAUUAUAAUCCUCAACUCCGUCUCGUCCUUCAUCAGCGACAUGGCAUGGGCGUACGCCAUGCUCCUCACCACGCCGCUCGUCGUGACGGUGGGGCUGUCCCUGACGAUCCCGCUGUCGCUGAUCGGCGAGAUGAUCCGCUACGCGCAGUACUCGAGCUGGAUCUACUGGGUCGGCGCGGGCGUCGUCUUCACCUCGUUCCUCUUCAUCAAUCACGAGAGCAAGGACGACGAGAACAACAGCAACAACGGCGGCAAGGAUCACGGAGCCGAGCCGGAGUCGAGGACCGCGACAGUGGUUGACGGCGGUUGAGCCUUUUACGAACGUAUGUGUACUAACAGAUAGACAAGCGACGAUUCCCCGGAUUUCUUGUAUACCUACCUACCUACCUUGGUAGCUGGCAUCUACGGCGUUGGAAGGGUUGGAAGGGUUUGGUUAAGCGCAAUAGAUUUGGGUGGGCUUAUCUGUUUCGGUCAUGUGGCUCCGUGAAUAUAUCGUCGGCAUGUCUUGCUAUCCGUAACUCACCUAUCAUCUACCUGCUCAGUUCGUCAAUAUAUUCUGACGUGAUCAAUGCAUGUCGAUGACCGAGCCAGCCGUUUUGGCUUUUUGAGACCAUCACCCCUGAAAUUGCAUACUUGCACGGCUUGAC